AUGAUUAGAUCUGUGAGAAGAGUUUUUAUUUAUGUAUCAAUAUUCGUACUGAUAAUAAUUUUGAAAAGAGUAUUAAGCAGCACAGACCAAAUGUCAGGGAAACAUCCAGUGGUAGUCAUUGGUUCUGGGCUAGCAGGCCUGACUACAAGUAACCGGCUCAUAAGCAAAUACAAAAUUCCCGUGGUGCUUUUAGACAAGGCCGCUUCUAUUGGUGGGAACUCUAUAAAGGCAUCCAGUGGUAUCAAUGGUGCUCACACGGACACUCAACAAAAUCUCAAAGUAAUGGACACCCCUGAGUUGUUUUUAAAGGACACUAUACAUUCUGCUAAGGGCAAGGGAGUUACAUCGUUAAUGGAAAAGUUGACUGAAGAAUCCAAGAGCGCUAUCAAGUGGUUGCAAACAGAAUUCGAUUUGAAACUAGAUCUUCUUGCGCAAUUGGGUGGCCACUCUGCUCCUAGAACCCAUAGAUCUUCUGGCAAACUACCACCAGGUUUCGAAAUCGUGCAAGCACUAUCAAAAAGACUAAAAGACAUUUCCUCUAAAGAUUCUAGUCUUAUGCGAAUUAUGUUAAACAGUGAAGUAGUCGAUAUCGAGCUAGAUAAUCGAGGUCAUGUUACUGGUGUAGUAUAUUUGGAUAAGGAGGGAGGUCGCCAGAUCCUAAAAGCACAUCAUGUCGUCUUUUGCUCCGGUGGAUUCGGCUACUCAAAAGAAAUGUUGAGAGAACACUCACCAAAUUUAGUGCACCUGCCAACUACUAAUGGUAAACAGACAACAGGAGAUGGACAAAAGAUUCUUUCAAAAUUAGGUGCUGAAUUGAUUGAUAUGGAUCAAGUACAGGUUCAUCCCACCGGUUUUAUUGACCCGAAUGACCGUAAAAAUAACUGGAAAUAUUUGGCUGCGGAAGCAUUGAGAGGCUUAGGUGGCAUCCUAUUACACCCAAUCACUGGUAGAAGAUUUACCAAUGAAUUGAGCACCAGAGACGCAGUGACUAUGGAAAUACAAGCCAAAUGUCCAAAAAAUGAUAAUAGAGCUCUUUUGGUUAUGAGUCACGAAGUCUACGAAAAUUACACAAAUAACAUGAAUUUUUACAUGUCCAAAAAUCUGAUCAAGAAAAUGACCAUUAAAGAUUUGGUCCAACAUUAUGAUUUAAAAGUUACAGCCCCCGAAUUAGUUGACGAACUGAAGAGUUAUUCCGAUGUUAAUACUAAGGAUGUAUUUGAUAGACCAUUGAUUAUCAAUGUCUUUGAUAAAGAUAUUUCUGCCGAAGCAACUGUUUACGUUGGUGAAAUUACACCCGUCGUCCAUUUUACCAUGGGUGGUGUGAAAAUUAAUGAGAACUCUCAGGUAAUAAAAAAAAAUUCGAAUGAUGUAUUAUCCAGCGGUAUAUUUGCUGCUGGUGAAGUUUCGGGUGGUGUUCACGGAGCAAAUAGAUUGGGUGGUUCUAGUUUGUUAGAGUGUGUUGUCUUCGGGAAGACGGCUGCACAUAACAUAGCGAAAUUGUAUUGA